CAAGAGCUAAGGUCACAAGGACCGCUCUGACAACCGACGAUGACUUGACCACUUUAUAAUGGCUGAAGUUUCAGUUAACAUUGUUUUGAUGUAACACCAAUUAUUGUGUCCUGUGUCUACCAAUUUGUCAUAACAUGAUUAUUUGGUUUUGCAAAUCGUAUACGUAUAGUAUUCGCAGGUCGUACAGUAGUUUUUAGUUCUUAAAUUGUGAUGCAAUUGGAGCCCCAGAUUUAUGGGGGCACAUAACUUAAAAGAUACGAUUGAUUACUGGCCAAUAAAAAAUUUCAAUGCGUCAUAUUAUGGCAGAGAUCCGGAUACUUCGUAUAAUCACCUAUUUAUGUUUUAAAAAAUAAUUAAAAUUCUGUAACAUACUUUCUAAUGUUGAAAUGUGUGUCAGCAACGUCAUAACCUGUACAACUAAAUUUUGACUUCAGUAAAAUCGAUAGUCUGAUUGCAGCGGAUGUCCAAAUGCCCUAAAUGGUGGAAAGUGCAAAAGACGUCUUUGAUAAACAGCGAAGUAUCGUGGGGCUCGACGAAAUGUUUGCCAGAAUCUCCUUCUAUCCCACGUUGGUUUACAAUUUGGUGAUGGAAAAAAUCACCCCUAGGAAAUGGUAUAACCGUAUUGAUGAUACUGUCGUCUUGGGGGCCCUCCCUUUCCGGACACUAACGCAAGAGCUUAUCGAAAAGGAACAUAUCAAAGCAGUUGUUUCAAUGAAUGAGGAUUAUGAAUUGAUGUUUGCUAAUGAUGCUCGGUCAUGGAGAGAAGCUGGGGUAGAGUUUCUGCAAUUAGCUACCACAGACAUCUUUGCAACACCUUGCCAGAGCAAAUUAGUGGAGGGAGUACGAUUUAUCAACGGAUUCGUAGAACAGCGCCGUCUGAUGAAUGGCGUCAACACAUCGUCCGUCUAUGUGCAUUGCAAAGCAGGACGGACUAGGAGCGCCACACUUGUUGGGUGUUACCUCAUACAGAGGUACAACUGGACCCCAGAAGAGGCAGUGAGGCAUAUGAAAGAGAAACGGCCGCACAUUUUGAUGCACAAGAAACAGUUAGAGGCCUUACAGAUAUUUUAUCAGCACAACCUUGGGAAUUUCAGUGAUGAAUAUCCAUCUUGACUAUAAUUUAAUUGUUAUAUCCAAUUAUUCAAUUACCAGUAUUUGUUUACGAGUACAUUUUGCUAAAAUGACUUAUGUCUAUUUCUCUGUUUCAUAUUAAAACCAAAAGUAUGCUGGUCCUGUGGUAAAAAUAGGUUUUUACAAUCAUUACACAAAAAUAGUGUUAUCAACUUUCCUUUAUUGAAUUCUGUCCCCAAAUAGGACAAUAAUUAGAUAUAGAAGUAAGAUGAUAAUAUAGGGGCCGUGUUAUACAGUAUACAAAUGGAGUUAUAGUUGCAUGUAUACAAGAGAAAUAUAUAUUUAUUUUGUUAUUUUGUUCAGUCGCUCUAGAUCCUGCAUAAUACUACCAGUUUGAGCAUAGCUUAUUUGAGCUAAUACACAGUCGAGACAAAAUUAAAUUGAUGCCCUCUCCUGAAUAUGCCAGUGGAGUGUUACAAUUUUGACAUAAAUACAAGUUUUAAGUGUGAUGACAGAUCAGGAUUAAACCUUGUGGGGUUGGAGUUUAGUAAGACUAUACUUUAGCGCAUCUCGCAAAUACUUCAUUUCAUAAUUUACAAUAAUCAAAUCCAAGCGAAUAACCAAAAUUUCUGUGUUAUGUGCCGCGGUUAUAAUAUGGUUCAAGAUGA